AUGACCUCUCUCCAACCCAACCCCAGCAACCGGAAACGCUUCUCUCGCGAAGGCUUCAAGCCCAUCCCAAACGACAACCAACACGGCGGGAUGCCACCCACCAACGACGCCACCAUCGACAUCCCCCUCGAGCAAGUCCAGACCAAUGCCAGCAGCACUGGGGGCUUGCGCAACCAGAACACCACCGCUCAGAUGAGAUCAAAUCAACCCAGCGACCACUCGCCCAGCAAUGAGAAGAGCGGCUUCUUUCGCGGCAGAAGAGCAAAGCCAACGGGUGGUGUGCAAGGCACCGGAAGAGUGGGAUAUGAUGGCGAAGAAGAUACCCUGACCACCAUGGGCAAGAUCUACAGCAAGAUCUACUCCUUCUCCAUCGUGACGAGAUACUUCUUCUAUGUCCUGCCCCUCGGCAUUCUCAUCGCGGUACCCAUCAUCGUGGGCGCCAUCCUCGAGAACCGCAAGUCAGGGCCGCCGGGAUUUGGAGGUGUGCCGAUUCUAUGGUUUUUUGUGUGGGUUGAGAUUGUGUGGUGUAGUUUGUGGGUUUCGAAAGUGGUGGCACAUUUCCUGCCCUUCGUGUUCCAAAUCUUCGUGGGAGUCGUCAGUUCGGGUGUACGAAAGUAUGCCACGGUCUUGCGCGCGCUGGAAAUCCCUCUGUCGCUGGUCGGCUGGGCCGUGACUUCUCUGGCUACUUUCAAGCCACUCAUGACCCGGAAUCCCUACAACAGCAAGCACGACACGAUCAAGUCGAAUUGGGUCGACAUCGUCCAGAAGAUCUUGGCUGCGGCGGUCGUUUCCACGCUUGUCUUCCUGGCCGAGCGAUUCUUCAUCCAGCUCAUUUCCAUCAACUACCACCGCAAGCAGUUCAACUCGAGGAUCAAGGACUCCAAGCGACAGGUCUUCAUUCUGACGCUACUCUACGAAGCUUCUCGUACCCUGUUCCCACCAUACUGCAACGAGUUCGCCGAAGAGGACUACAUCAUCUCUGAUCAGCUGCAGCUGUCUGCUCUGGGUGGUAAGGGCAAGGCAGGACAGCACCACCGCUCGGGAUCUGCAACACCAAUGCGCUUCAUCCAUAACAUUGGUCGUCUUGGUGAUCAGGUCACGUCUGCGUUUGGAAAUGUCGCUUCGGAAAUUACUGGAAAGGAAGUCUUCAACCCAAACGGUGCGCAUUCAGUUGUGGUCACCGCUCUGGAGAAGAAGCGUACGUCAGAGGCACUUGCUCGCCGUAUCUGGAUGUCUUUGGUCGUCGAGGGUCGAGAGUCUUUACUGGACGAAGACAUCGUCGAUGUGCUCGGUCCUGAGCGAAAGACAGAAGCGGAAGAGGCUUACUGGGCAUUGGAUCGCGAUGGAAACGGCGACAUCUCGCUCGACGAGAUGAUUAUGACGAUCGUCGAAUGGGGCCGCGAACGCAAAGCUAUCGCAAGCAGCAUGGUCGAUGUGGCCCAAGCCAUCAACGUCCUGGACCGCUUACUCUGCACCAUCGUCCUCGUCGCGGUCGUCUUCAUCUUCAUCGCAUUCCUCAACACCAACUUCGUCACGACUCUGGCGACCACCGGAACCGCGCUUCUAUCCCUCUCUUUCGUCUUCUCGGUCAGCGCCCAGGAGAUCCUUGGUUCUUGCAUCUUCCUAUUCGUCAAGCAUCCAUUCGAUAUUGGCGACCGUGUCGACAUUGCAGGCGAUCCGCUCACUGUUGAGCAUAUCAGCUUGCUGUUCACGGUCUUCCGCCGCGCAUCUGGGCUCAAGACAGGCCAGCUUUGUCAAUACCCCAACAUCGUCCUGAACAGUCUGGCUCUCGACAACAUCAGUCGCAGCAAGGCCAUGACCGAACAAGUCACACUGGACAUCUCCUUCGACACCUCCUUUGACGAUAUUCAGAUUUUGAAGAAUGAGUUGAAGAACUUUGUCACCGACAAGGAGCACAACCGCGACUUCCAGCCGGAUCUGGAAGUUGAGAUUUUGGGAACGACGGACAUGUCGAAGCUGCAAUUGAAGGUGGAGAUCAAGCACAAGAGCAACUGGGCCAACGAGACCCUCCGAGCAGCCAGACGCAGCAAGUUCAUGUGCGCACUGGUGGCUGCUCUUCGUGCUGUGCCUAUUUAUGCCCCAGGUGGUGGUGCUGAUGUGGCUGGAAGUGCGGCCAACCCCAACUACUCUGUCGCCAUCUCGGACUCUGAAGCCAAGGAAAAUGCAGAACACACUGCUGAUGCAAGGGAGAAGGCUCGCCUGGUGCCGAAUAAGAAGAUCCAGGAGGCGAAAGAAGCCAAUCCUUUGAGCCCAACAGCAUCCAGUGGUAGAGGCGGUAUGGCCGGACUCAGCUACCACGAUGCGAAGAUUGUAAACGACCUGACUUCGAGAGACCCGGCCUCAGAUCCCGCUAGAGACGAGACAGCGUGGGCAACUGGCCGUGAUGACGCCAGCACUCUUGGCGGCAAAACGAGCAUCGACUACCAAGAUCUGAACGAUGUUCGAGGAAUGCUUCGUCGUGAGAGUACCCGUGGCAAGCGCAAGCCCAGUAGCGAGACCUCGCGAUACAACCGUCCUGGAAUCCCCACGAUCAACGAGCCUCAGCCGACCGAGUACAACCCAGGAUACAUGUCGCCGUACACAGAGAGCCAGCACCCCACAUACUCGACAGUACCCUCUCCUUACCGACCAACCCUUCAAAGCCAACCAACGCAGUACCAGUCUGCGCAGAGCCAAGUCCCUACAGUAAACACGAGCGUGGAGAUGAGCCAGCUCCCAACACGAAGCACCAGCAAUCCAUACAGGAACCGUACGGAGAAUUUGAGAAGUCCGACUGCAGGCAAUGUGCAGGAGGAAGAUGAUGAUGAGUUUGGCAACACGCGGCCGUAUUCCGGCGUCUAG